AUGGGGUCUCCGGAUGCUGCACCAAGUCACCAAAGCAGAAACCCUUUGCCCUCCCUCAGUUUCCCUGGCAAGGAUACUUUGAGGUUCGCUUCCAAAAUACCUGUCACCUUGCCCAUGCCUUUUUUGAGUCCUUGCGACAUGUACUCGGGUCAACAUUUACCUUACACCUACGCGCCGUCGGUGAAUAGGGCGCUAUCGCAACCAGGCUACAUCUCCCCGCCCGAGCCACGUCUGAUGAACGAAAACGAGAAAGUCAAGGCCGUGCCCCGUCAGUCCCUGCCUUCGAUCCACGAAGCCAUCAAGAUUCCCUAUCCCGCUCCUAUUUCCGCUCCUCUAUCACAAGCCGGGCACUGUGAAUUGCCAACCCCAACCCCAUUUUUCAAUGGCCCGGCGUCUGGCUCCUUGAUGCGUGAACCAAACUGUACCCGCCAGAAACAGCUACAGACCGUGGCUUCGCGAAACAGUUUGGCCAUGGUUAACAAGUUUGAUUCACGGAAUGAGUCGAUGCACACCUCCAAAUCAGGCAAAUCCCCGACCCAAAGCGUUAGAACCGGCAUUUCAUCGAUUUCGGGCCCCCAAGAUUUCUCAGUUUACGAUUAUAGUGCACCUCCGUCCACUGACAGUGUGGCCACGCCCAAUGACCACAGUCGUUUCCCUUGCACCUUUUCCUUCCGUCAACAGCCGACUGGCCCGUCAUACCCUCUAUCUUAUAAUAUGCGAGCACAUACGGGUGCGCUGCGCGUGGAAGAAGCCAAAGGUGGUUAUGUGGGUCGUUCGAUUCCUGGUCAACCCCUCCGUGGUUCGGGUAAACGGCAUUUGGACGUUUACGACGUGGAACAGUCUCUGAAUGAGAUCCGCGAGACAAGCACACGAACACUGCAUUUUUCGCGGCACUACGCUGCUCUUGCACACCAAACACAACGGCCUAAUCCGACCUCAGGGUACCUGCCCUUGCUCGGAGAAGUGGAGGACAUGCUCUGUAUGCAGCGUCGGAACAGGGAUGCGCUGAAUCGGAUACGGACCGUCGUGUUCAACCAAGGACAGGACAUGGUGGAGCAGAUGACGAAGCGCAAGGCGUUCAAGUACAAAGAAGACGAGCUCAUGGCCCUGUACCAAGACGAGUUCAAAGGCGCGGGUGGGUUUUCCGGGGCGAACUCGAAGACACUGCGUGGAGUAAGGUUUGCACUUAUCUUUUAUACUUUAUUUACGAAUUUACCUCCUUGCGACGUGUAUCUCUGCCCAUUUAUCUGGGCGCCCCUCUUGGCCCUUGCGACAGCUGCAACGAAGCCGAAACGCCAAAACGGUGCCAUCGUCAAGAUGGUUCCCGAAGGCUGUGUAAUGGCCGCGGUGUGCACUACGAUGUGCCCUAACAAUCCCGGGACAAUGAGAUCGAAGCUCAAGUCAAAGCCCGUCCUCGACUCCGCAUCACCCACCGAUCGGUGA